AUGUCGGCGCUGAAAGGCGCCGCGCCAAUUCACUUUGGCUCAUUCCGCGUUAAUUCUCAGGUCUUCCACCAAACACCACUCUCCUUCGCCCUCGUCAACCUCAAACCAAUCCUCCCAGGGCACGUCCUCGUCUCCCCACGCCGCGUCGUCCCACGCAUCGCAGAUCUCACCACCACCGAAACAAGCGAUCUCUUCCUCACAGUGCGCCGUGUGGGCCGAAUGGUGGAGCGAGUAUACGGCGCCUCGAGUCUGAACAUCGCCGUUCAGGACGGCGUACAUGCCGGACAGAGCGUGCCGCAUGUCCACGCACAUAUCAUUCCACGUAAAGCCGCGGAUCUUGAUCACCGCGGUGGGACCGAUGCCGUGUAUGAUAUGUUAGACGGAGAAGAAGGGGAUGUCGGGAAGGCGUUUCGGGAAGGCGAUGCUACAGAUCGGCCAAAGACUAGGUCUCGAUUUCCCGUGGUGGAUAAUGAGGGGCGCAAGCCACGUACUCCUGACGAGAUGAGGGAGGAGGCUGAGAUGCUGGCGCGUGAAAUGGAGAAGGAGCCGGUGGAUUGA